AUGGACGUUGAGCAAGGCCGUGGUAGACACGGCAGUGUGUCCAACUAUGCUGCCAACCUGGGCAAUCCUGCCACCUUCGACAGUGGACGCAGACGAUCCUCCGUUGUCCCAGCUGCCGCCGUAUCAGCUACUCAGAAAGAUGGCGUCCUCAACCAGCGAGACGAUACCCUUCGCAAAAUGUCUGUUGCUGUACCCAACUUGGCUGAGCUUUCAGCAGACGCCAAAACCGCUGCAAAUCUAGAGCACAAGAUGGGUUUCCGAGAAGGUCUCAAGCUCUAUCCAAAGGCUAUGUUCUUCUCCUGGGGUCUUUCCCUUGCUGUAAUCAUGGAGGGUUAUGACACCUACCUACUCGGCAACUUCUUCGCCUUGCAGACAUUCAACCGACACUUUGGUGCACCUACUGGUACCAUCGAAAAUGGUGUCGAGCAGUACCAAAUCUCCGCAUCCUGGCAAUCAGCUCUCGGUACUGGUACAGCUGCUGCUCAAAUUAUCGGUCUUUUCAUCAAUGGUAUCGUAUCCGAGCGAAUUGGCUACAGAUGGACCAUGAUUGUGUCUCUCCUCUUGAUCACUUGCUUUAUCUUCAUCACUUUCUUCGCUGCAAACAUUCAGAUGUUGUUGGCCGGAUAUGUUUUAUCUGGCCUGCCAUGGGGUGUGUUCCAGACCUUAACCACCACCUAUGCCGCCGAAGUCUGCCCAGUUUCCCUCCGACCCUACUUGACAACAUAUGUCAACCUUUGCUGGGUCAUUGGCCAGCUCAUCGCCGCUGGUGUACUAAAGGGGUUCGUUGGUAACGACAGCCAGUGGGCUUACCGAAUUCCCUAUGCCAUUCAAUGGGUUUGGCCUCUGCCCAUUGCGGCCAUUGCCUUCUUCGCUCCUGAAUCCCCAUGGUGGUUGGUCCGACAUGGCAAGCUCGACCAAGCUCGCGCGGCUCUGGCAAAGCUCACCAAUGCCAAAGCCAAUGCUCAGUUCAACAUCGAAGACACCCUUGCAAUGAUGAUCCAUACCAACGAGCUCGAAAUUCAGCAGACUUCUGGUACCUCAUACUUGGACUGCUUCAAGGGUGUUGAUCUUCGAAGAACUGAAGUUACAGUCAUGACCUGGGUCAUUCAGCAAACCUCCGGCUCGCCUAUGAUCGGUUGGGGUACAUAUUUCAUGACACAGGCAGGUCUUGCCGACACCGAUGCUUUCUCACUUGGUGUCGGCCAAUCUGCCAUGGGCUUCGUCGGUACUGUCGGAUCAUGGUUCUUGAUGCCACACUUCGGUCGACGGACGAUUUAUCUCUGGGGUCAAGUUUCCAUGUUCGUCAUCUUGAUGAUUCUUGGUGGUCUGGGUAUCCCAGCUUUGAGCACUUCCAUCGGUUGGGCUUCUGGUGCUCUCAUUUUGAUCCUCACUUUCGCCUACGAUAUUACAGUCGGUCCAGUGUGCUACUCCCUUGUCGCAGAAUUGCCAUCAACACGUCUCCGAAUCAAGACUGUCGUCCUGGCACGAAACGUGUAUAACGUCUUCGGUAUCAUCAUCGGUGUCAUCCAACCUCGGUUCAUGAACCCAACCGCGCUCAACUGGCGUGGCAAGACAUGCUUCUUCUGGGGUGGCCUCAACGCCCUCGGUAUAGUCUGGACCUACUUCCGUCUCCCUGAGCCCAAGGGUCUUACUUAUGCCGAACUUGAUGUCCUCUUUGAGAACCGAGUUUCCGCCCGCAAGUUCCGAAAGGUCGAAGUUGACCCAUGGCGAUCCGAUAACCUCGUCAUUGUCGAUGAUGUCGACAACUCCAGCCACGAGUACAAGGAGAAGAUGUAA